UUUGUGCCGCCGCCCGUCCCAGCAGCGCCAGCAGCGCGCCGUCCCGUCCCGUCCCGUCCCGCGAGCAGAGCCGCCGCCGCCGGCCGCCGCCGCGCAACGCAACGAGGAGCAACGCGAGGCAACGCGCCCCCCGCUCAGGCCAUACGCCGCUUCAGGCCCGCGCCCACCGCGCCUCCCGCGGUGCCGCCCGCUCCGCCCCGGCCCGGCCCCUCGGCUCCACUCGGCGCGGCUCGGCUCGGCCCGGACACCGGCUCGGCUGGGCCCCAGCCUUCCCCGUCCUGCUCUUUUACUCGCAGAGCAGAGCGGAGGGCCCCUGGCUCUCCUCGCAGAGCAUCGCCUUGUCGGCACCGCCUGGCCGCCGCCCUGCCUCGCCCGCCGCCGCGCGCACCGCCGCACCGCCUCUCCGCCGCCUCCGUCCUCCCAUCCUGUUCCCCGCCCCGACGCCAGGACGGACGCCAGGACGACGCCGGCACACGGCGACUCGACGCCGGUUGCGCACCCCGGCGAGGCCGCUGUAGGGGUUCACCAGUGCCGCCGGACAGGGUGCAAGGGACUACCUGCCUCCAGGACGCGCGCGGGGGAGGACGUGCAGUGUGUGACGAUCGACGGUGUCCUGGAUUUAACCGCGCCCUUCGCUAUGGGUCCCGAGUGAUCGUCCCGAGCUCCCAGACACCAGCCCUGCGGCAGCACCCGCUCGUCAUCCUCAGAAACAGAGCCCGCGAUGGGGCGCUGGCGCUCGCUGUAUAGCCGGGCCUCGCGGGACGGCGGGGCCGCCGACGGCAACGCGGCCGCCAACGACACGACUGUCGUCCCCAACAACUCGACGCCGCUGCAGGAGCACAAGAACGGCAACCUGGAGGUGGCGGCCAUCACCGCGCCCGCCGUGAACGGGUGCGGCAGGAAGGACAAGGACACGAACGGGACGUGGCACGGCUCCGGGGAUGGCGUCAGCGACCCCCUCAACCCCGUCACCACUGUGGUGGCGGAGGCGGACGACGACGACCUGGACCUGGAGGAGAUGCAGUGCGGCCUGGGGCCGUGCGCGCCGCGCUGGCUGCAGAUCUUUGCCUCGAAGCAGGCGUUCCUCGCCACCUUCUGCAUCACCUGGGUGCUGCAGGGCAUGUACUACACGUACUUCGUAUCCGUCAUCACCACCAUCGAGAAGCUCUUCCAGAUCCAGUCCAAGACGACGGGGCUCAUCAUGAGCGCCACCGAGAUCGGGCAGAUUGGGUCGUCCCUGCUCCUCACGUACUACGGCGGGCAAGGACACCGGCCGAAGUGGAUCGCCUGGGGUAUGGUGCUCUUCGCCGUCUCGUCCUUCACCUGCUCCAUGCCGCACUUCAUCUUCGGCAAGCAGAUGAUCCAGGCCAUGAGGGACCCCGUCAAGACCCCCGUGAACCAGAGCGAGACCUUCGUCUACGGGCCGAACAUCUGCCGCCUCGAGGACAACGAGCACCUCGGAUGGCCCGCCAACGGCACUUCGUGCGCCGAUGACAACCUUCCAUGGACCGCACAGGAGAACAAGGGCAAGCGGUGCGAGGAGGAGGAGAAGCAACGCCAAAACGGCAAGAUCACCACGAUCGUGCUGGCCAUCUUCUUCAUCAGUCUGCUCGGCGUCGGCAUGGGACAGACGGCGGUGUACACGCUCGGCAUACCGUACAUAGACGACAACGUCGCAAGCCGAGAGUCUCCGCUUUACUUUGCGAUCACCAUCGGAGUUCGCAUCCUGGGCCCCGCGCUUGGCUUUAUCCUAGGAUCACUCUGCACGCGGCUGUACGCCGACCUUUCUGUCGACCCGAAGAUCACCCCGGAGGACCCGCGCUGGGUCGGGGCCUGGUGGCUUGGCCUGGUGCUCGUGUCGUCCAUGCUCAUGCUGGCCUCCCUCGCCAUGUUCUCGUUCCCGAAGAGGCUCAGCACGUCGCGGCCCGCGCCCAGGGCGGUGCGCAGGGAGAAGAAGAACCCCAGCCUGAGAGACUUCCCCAAGGCGGUGAAGCGGCUGCUGCACAACGACAUCCUCAUGUGCCGGACGGCGAGCAGCGUGCUGCACAUCUUGCCCAUCGCCGGCAUCUACACCUUCCUGCCCAAGUACCUCGAGUCGCAGUUCCGCAUGCCGGCCCAUCGCGCCGCCUUCAUCUCGGGUGUCGGCGGCAUCCUGGUGAUGGGGCUCGGCAUCGUCAUCAGCGGCGUCUUCAUCCUGCGCGUCAAGCCCAACGCGAGGUUCGUCGCGGCCUGGAUCGCCUUCACCGCCCUCGUCUACGCCGUCGGCAUGGGCGUCCUCAUGUUCAUCGGCUGCCCGAUGGAUGACUUCGCGGGCCUCAUACCGCAGGAGGACGGCCUGCCGAGGUUCGAGCCCGUGUGCAACCGUACAUGUGCGUGCGACGACGCCAAGUUCAGCCCCAUCUGCGGCGCGGACGGCAGGACGUACUUCUCGGCGUGCCACGCGGGCUGCACCAACGUCUCGCGAGACGUCACGGGCAUGAUCGAAGGGUUCUCCGACUGCCGUUGCAUGUACUCCAACGCGUCGACGCCGCUCCACCUCGUGACGGGCGAGUUCCCCGCCGAGGCCAGCGUCGGCUACUGCGGCCUGCAGUGCGGCAACUUCAUCUGGUACAUCCUGCUCUUCUCGCUGUUCGUCUUCAUCCACUCCACGUCCGAGGUGGGGUCCAUGCUGCUCAUCCUGCGGUGCGUCGAUCCCCGAGACAAGGCGAUGGCGCUGGGGCUGAUCCAGUUCGCCAUCGGCCUCUUUGGCAACGUGCCGUGCCCGAUCGUGUACGGUGCGGUGGUGGACUCGGCCUGCCUCGUGUGGGAGACAGCUUACGGGAAGAAGGGGGCGUGUUGGCUCUACGACGCCAGCAUAUUCAGGAUGUUCUACCACGGCACGACGGGAGCCAUCAUGCUGUGCGCCUUCUUCGUGGACCUGGUCGUGUGGUACAAGUCGGGCAGCAUCAACUUCGUGGACGAGCAGGCGCCGACGCCGAGCCAGGAGGAGGAGCUGAACCCCAUCACUCAGGGCGGCAAGGUGCGGUCAGAGACCAGCGUAUGACCCCACGCCGACGCCGACGCCGUUGCCGGGCCGGGGCCGCCGCAGGGGUCACCCUCCGCCCGGCAGCCGGUCGACGUGGUGCAGGUCGAGCUGACGGACGUCGGCAGGGACCCCGUGGUGCUGAGCGCGGCGCACCUGAACGCCUAGGAGCCGCCGCGCCGCGCCGAGCGGGACUCGGUGUAGGCCGCGCCCGGGCCCCGCACUCCUCUUCGUGCCAUAAGCAAGCCAAGCAACCCGUGUUUCUGCCCUCCCAGCCGAAACGAAAGCGCGGCCGCGUUUUGGACGUUCGUAUUAUGUUCGCUCUGUCCUUGUCGUUUUUCACUGAAGGCUGUCGCCGGGCUGCCACUGAGCUGGAAUGGGAACGAACAGAUCUAAACGCAUCCACCCCAAACUGCUGUCGUACGUUGAGCGUGUGCGCGUGUGUUAGUAUGAGUGCAUGAGUGCGUGCAUGUGAGGGCGUGCGAGUUAUGAGUUUGAUAGACGUUUCAAUGGACCUGUUGAUGCGACACAUUUUGGGCGAUGCUGAUGUAAUUUUGUAAAUUAUCCAGUAAGCGCUUUAAAAUUAAUAGAAAAAUAAUUGCUUUGAUAGGAAAUGAAAUUGUGCUCCUGUCUAAGAGUCGGUUUGAUCUGAGCACCUUCUCGCAAACGUACCUGUUAGAGAAGACUUUUAAUUUUUGAUAGAAACCGAACAUCACAGGACUAAGUUACCAUUUUAAUAAAGUGUGUUGUAAACUUUGGUCGAUGCCGUUUUAUCAGUACAUAAUAUGAUAAAUCUCUUCGAGAUGAAUGUUUACUCUGUAAUUUGUCAGAAUGAACUUUAUAUCCCCUUAAAUACGUCGAAUGGGCAAACAGAUUCGCAUAAAAUGUGGAUAGAGCUGUGACAAUAAUUUACGAUUUUCGUCGUAAUUAGCCAGGAUAGUACAAGUGUGAAAAUUGUGUAAAAAGUUUUAGUUUAUGGAGUCGCAAUGAAACGCAACAGACGACUGUAGUGUGUUAGUCUGAUGUACGUUGCGUUGGUACAAACGGCGUCGAUACGACAUAUUACUGCAUUAACUACUUCCUGUGAGAGAUUCCCUAGCAGAUAUUCCUCUUUAUAAAUUUAAUGCUAGUUAAGGUGAAACACUCACCUUGUUGAGGUUGUCUAAUCAAUUAUCUAUAUGUACGGCAGCAAUCUUCCAGCAUAUCCGUUUCUUAUAAGUCUGCCCUCGUGGCCUGACUGUAUUUUAAAUGGCAUAUUUGUGCGUAUCAUAUUUUUGUUAUUUCUGUUAUUACGCUUGCGUAAGCUUUAACGUAAACUGCCAUCAGUCUCAGGAAAAUGUAAACUAUGACUGCCAAUCUCGGGGGACCGGCACGGUCGUAGUAUUCCGUGUCAGUAGAGAAUAUUGAGUCCUUAGAGGUUCUUCACCGGUUUUCUCUACGAGGGAUCCGUCUUUCAGCCAUUGUGAUAAAUAGUUGUUCAUAACUACAUAUAAGAGGGCAUCGCAGCCUCUCGUUUAGUGAACCUUGAAAAGUCAGUAAUUUUGAUUCUUUCUGUCAACACUAAACUGCAUUCUCGUUUGUAGUGUAGUGCCGAUGAUUUCCGUCCAUAACGCACGAUUAUCCCAUACGAAUGAUUCUGGAAGGGCUUAAGAGAAAAUUCGUUUAUGAAUCAAACGAAAUCGAAGUGUCGUUUUGAAAAACCAGUGACGGUCAUUUUAACUGCUUUUCUAUUUGCUGUGAUAUUUGGAAAACUGUGCGCCACUGCUAUCCUUACCAGACGUACUGUAGCAUUCAAUAAUGUACUUCUUGAGACAUAAGUUUAAAAGUACAGGCUCCACUUAAGACACCGUAAUAAAGUUCAGCAGCUUCCACCUUCCUCAUCUGUUUUCUGGCAGUUGAAUAUGUGCGUAAGGGAUGCGUUCUUUGGUUGGAGACCUUACGUUCCGUGCGAGCGUUUAGUUUAAUCAUGUUCCUUUUCGUCUUCGUUGCUUUCAUCUGUCUGUUUCGCUGUCUUAUGUUGUGCACUCUAGUUUAUUUUCUGGAAAAAAAGGCUGUGAGUUUCUUUGGUAAUGUCAUUUUCUCAAUUUCGAUGGGUUCUCGGACUUUAGUCCAGUUAGAAAUGAGUUUACGAAAACAUGUUCUGAUUUUAAUCUCAUCGCGUCGUCUUAGUAUUUUAAAUUUUAAAGAUGUUUUUAAUGUUUAUGUUAUGUUGUUUUAAGUAUCUAUUCAAUGUAAUAGUUUAAGAGGAAUUCAAUUAUUGAGGACUGCUGAGGCUGAGAGUGAAUUGGUGCUGUUUCGACGACUUAUUUCUGACUGGAUAGAGCUUUAUAUAGGAUGAUAGAAAGAAUUAGCGUAGAAUAUUUCCAUACAUAAGAACAUUAAAUGUAAUAUAUUGUUUUAUACAGAGUAAAUAAAUAUUUAUUUUCGCUUAAAUGUACAUAUAUUGGAGCCAUCCUACAUCACUUGAAAAUAUUAAAUAAACAGCUAAAAACAAUAAAGUGAAAAUUGGUUUAAA